GUAGCUUCUGGGGUAUUGGACGGCUGCUCCUUUGAUUGCACUGAGGAGGCAUGGAAAUGACCUGUGGACUUGGUUUCAAGAUCUUGCUGAUUUGCUUAGUUCAAGCACACCUCCUAUGUUUUUCCUGGGCAAAAAAUGCACCAACUCUCCAACGCAUCAAAAGAACAACUAGAGGCGUCCUUCUCCCAGAUGGUAGAACGAGCAGCGACAUGAAGACUAUACAGGGUCAAAGGGAUCACUACUCCUUCAGGCCACCUUAUCAGUCCGCAGAGCUGGCACCUUCCCUCAAGAAGCAAAGAAACCCAGCCACCUUGUUCAAACCAGUUGGUUCUGGCCCAAGUAGCUCUGUCAGGAUGCAGACGUAUGCUCAAGCCCCUGGCAGAAGGGUUACACCUAAAGAUUCCAAGACCAAGAGGAACCCUUUUUUCAGCCCACAGGCUGCUUUAAAUAGUAAAGAUUUCAGAUCGAGGAAUCAGAUGCAGCUCAGUCGCCAGACUCUCACCAAAACCAGCAGAGUAGAAGAUUCUGCUCCAGGGUUUGCUCCGGUAAUGAUACAUGAGAUCCCAGAACUCUUAGGUGGGUCUCCAAUCAGACGACUGAAAUCCCCCACUGACCAGAAGGUUAAUGCCCAGAAACCACAGAAUGUCCAAACACCUCCUCAGAGGAAAAACCUUUACAAACCGAACCUUUCAAGCUUUCAGUCGGGAUCUGAUGGAACCAGGCAGAAUCAGAACCAAGGGUCUGUCCAGAAACCCCAACAGGCCCAAACACCUCCUCAGAGGGUACCACUUUACAAACCCAACCUUUCAAGCUUUCAGUCGGGAUCUGACAGAAACAGGCAGAAUCAGAACCAAGGGUCUCUCCAGAAGCUCCAGCAGGUCCAAACACCUCCUCAGAGGAAAAACCUUUACAAACCCAAUCUAACAAGCUUUCAGUCCGGAUCUGAUAGAACCAGGCAGAAUCAGAACCAAGGGUCUCUCCAGAAGCUCCAGCAGGUCCAAACACCUCCUCAGAGGGUACCACUUUACAAACCCAAGCUUACAAGCUUUCAGUCGGGAUCUGACAGAAACAGGGAGAAGCAGAACCAAGGGUCUCUCCAGAAGCUCCAGCAGGUCCAAACACCUCCUCAGAGGAAAAACCUUUACAAACCCAAUCUAACAAGCUUUCAGUCGGGAUCUGAUAGAACCAGACAGAAUCAGAACCAAGGGUCUGUCCAGAAGCCCCAACAGGUCCAAACACCUCCUCAGAGGGUACCGCUUUACAAACCCAAGCUUACAAGCUUUCAGUCGGGAUCUGACAGAAACAGGGAAAAGGAGAACCAAGGGUCUGUCCAGAAACCCAAGCAGGGCCAACCUUUUCGGUUUGUACCAAACAACAAUCAGGACCCCAGUAUCCAGCAUCCAGCAUCCAAAUGGACCAGAGUGAAGCUGCCGCAUCAGAGACUCUAG